AUGAUGUCAACUCACAACGAUGGUGGAAAUGUGUCAACUAUUCGGCCAUUAAAACGAUCAUUAUCGCCGGAUCAUGUGGCGAGUCAUGAACGAAAGUCAAAAAUUGCGAAAACUGAAUUACAAGAGGACAAUGUUGGUAAGGAUAUCAGUGACAAAGAAAAUCAACAAAAUCAGAAACAAAUCGAUAUAGUCAUGGUCAAACAUUCUGUAAACAUUUCUAAUAAAGAAGAAGAAGAGGAUCAUGAUGAUGGAAUCAUCAUUGGUCAACUUGAAUUCUCUUCUGUACCUUUUCCUUGGUAUCGUUCUCAUGCUUUAUGGUCGAAUAUGAUGGCCAAGACAUUUGACGAAACGUAUAAAUGUCAUGCAAAUUUUCUUGAUGUACAUCCAGCAAUAACAACCAAAAUGCGAAGCGUCUUAUGCGAUUGGUUAAUUGAAGUUUCCGAAGUCUAUCAUCUUCAUCGAGAAACAUAUCAUCUCGCAAUUGCUUAUGUUGACAAAUAUUUAUGCAAUACAACUAAUCUACCUAAAACGAAACUACAAUUACUUGGUAUAACAUCAUUAUUUAUAGCUUCGAAAAUCGAAGAAAUCUAUCCACCACGUAUAUCUGAAUUUGCUUAUGUUACUGAUAAAGCCUACGACGAACGUGAUAUUCUUGAUAUGGAAUUAGAUAUAAUGAAUGCACUGAACUGGCAUAUAAAUCCACUUACAUCAAUCAGUUGGUUAACAGCAUUUCUUCAGAUCGAGUACGACAUGGAGACAAUGAACAAUCACGAUUUAUCCAUAUCACCUGCAUCUUCAGCAAAUGUUACACCGUCACAUAAAGAUCGUUGCAAGAAAAAACGACGUGUAUCAUCAUCAGCCUUUCCCAAGUCGUCAACUUCAUUGAACAGUGAAGUUUUAAAAACGAAUAUUUCAACCAAUGCCCAUCGAACACCGAUGUUUCUACAAACAUUCUCUCUAGCUAUUCGAUUAAUCGAUCUAUGUUCACUUGAUAUAGAAUAUUCACACUUUCCAAAGAACGUUCUCGCAGCAACUGCUAUCCUCGCUUGCAAACCAAGUUGGCCUGUUGAACAGAUAACUUCUUUGAACGAUGAUGAUCUCUAUGUAUGCAGCGACUGGAUGAAACCGUUCUUUGAUGUCUUAUACUUUGGUCAAAAUCUCAUGUCUAUUCCAGUUGCAGCUUCUCGACCAUCGCCAGCUGUACCAUUCGAUGAGAUUUACUCCAUUCAAAUGCACAAUAUCUCAUUAGAUUUACUUGAAAACGUUUAUAAGAAACGACCCAAAUUCAUUCCACCCAUAACCAACAACCGUCCGUUUCGAAAUCUUGUCAAUCGACUAUCUUGGUUACCAACACCACCAACAUCUCUAGAAAAACAACAACAUGAAAUCAUUGUCAAUGAAGAAGAACAAAUCCAAAUCACUGAAGUCAUUUCAGUAUAA